AUGCCAACAUUAGACUCCGAUCCAGCCAACGGUUUAGACAACUACGACGUCGCUGACCUGUCAGACGAUCCUUUCGCAUCUCCCCCACCUGAAGCAUUCAACAAGAAGCGCAAGGAACCAGAUUCGGGACUUGGAAUUGAUGAAGAGGUUGAUGUCAAGAAACGUGCCCGAGCUCCCACUGUCAAGCUUGAUGAAGAAAGGCUACUUGGCGCUAAAGGAAUACCCAAACUAAGGCAGAGAGCACAAGACCUGAAGAUCAAGGGCAAAGGCCAUGAGUUUUCAGAUGCCUCGCGACUCCUAUCCUUCUAUCAAUUAUGGCUUGAUGAUCUUUUCCCAAAAGCCAAAUUUCUCGACGCUCUGAGCAUGGUAGAAAAGGCAGGCCACAAAAAGCGAGUCAUGAUUGCACGCAACGAAUACGUCAACGAGAGUAAACCCAAGGAUACUGCGGUCGACGAUGAAGGGGAGGAUAUUUUCGGUCAGGAUAGCACUUCGAGACCCACGGAUGAAGCGAUUAGACCAAGAACGCCAGAGCAAGACCGAGACGUACCAGAUGAUGACGAUCUAUAUGACGCGACACCAAGGUCUUCUCGGCCAAUUGUGCCGAUCCGAGACGAUGCCCCUGAAGAAGAGGAUCUUGAAGCCCUAAUCGCAGAGAUAGAGGUUCGGGACAUAGCCCAAAAAGCGAGGCUUACACCAAAAGAACCAGAUGAGGAUGAUCUGAAUGCUCUCAUGGUAGAAGCUGGGAGUCCAGAUCACACAACAAAGAGAGAUGUGCAGAGACGGACAGAGAACAGCAAAAGCAUGAAUGCCUACGAAGACGACGAAGCAGCAAUGCAGGAGAUGGAUGGUCUAUGGUAG